UCGUGUUGCGUAUAGUCACAGAAACCCAGCCAUUAACUUCAGCAUAAGCGCUGGCAGAGCAAACCAAGGAAAACAAAUGAAAAUUAUGGCUGACUUGGACGCAGUGCACCUGGGCUUGGAUGAAAAUGAAGCAGAUAUUGCCGAGGAACUGCAAGAUUUCGAUGACUCCUUCGAUACGCGGAGUGAGGCGUCUGAAUCAGGUUCGGAGUCGUCGGACUCCCAGCCAAGUAUUAGUUCAGUUAGCUCGGUAGCGUCGUCUGUCGCUGACAAGCGCAAGACCAAGAUAAAGAAGAAAGUAAAUAAGGAAAGUGAAAAGAAAGUAGGUACGAAGCGUUCUUCGUCGCCAGGUGGCGGAGCAAUGAAUGGCAAGAAUAUUGCGAGUGGUGGGAAGAAAAAACGAAGUACCGCAGAUUCAUCGCAUAAAGAUGCCGAAUCAUCAGGUAAAGCUGCAGAAAGUAAAGCUAGUAGCAGCAAAGAGAAGAAGCUUCAGAAAAAGGCAAGCAGCAGUGCAAGCAAAAACUCUUCCGCUACAGCAGCCAACAGCAAUGGCCCGGCAAAUACAAGCAGUGGUUCAAUAUCAGCUCAUGCAAACACCAGCGGCAAUAAGAGCGAGGCUAGCGAUGCUGAAGACAAGACAACAUCGAAGACACCUUUCGAUAGUGAUUCAGAAUCGGAAGAUUCCGAUUCAGCAGCAAAUAUAAAACGUAAUGGACGAAAGGCGAUCUCUAAGAGCGCUUCACCAGAAAAGAAGACACAAGGUGGAACUAAUGCUAGUGGAAAAUCUUACGAUUAUAUGACUAAACUGAACUACUUAUUCCGUGGUACUCACUUCUUCCUAAUUAAAUCAAAUAAUGCAGAUAAUGUGGCUAUUGCAAAAUCCAAAAAUGUAUGGGCCACAUUACCCCAAAAUGAAGCAAAUCUUAAUCAGGCAUUCAAGGAGUCGCGCAAUGUUUUGCUAAUCUUCUCCGUCAACGAGAGUGGCAAAUUUGCCGGGUUUGCUCGCAUGAGUGCACAAUCGCGGCGGGACCUUUCGCAUCCUGCUUGGGUAUUACCACCUAGUAUUUCACCUAAGGCCUUGGGCGGUAUAAUUGAGCUCGAUUGGAUUUGCCGCAAGGAGCUUUCAUUCAACUGCACUUCACAUCUGUACAAUACUUGGAAUGAAAGCAAGCCGGUAAAAAUUGGGCGUGAUGGUCAGGAAAUUGAACCUAAAGUCGGUUCGGAACUGUGUCGUUUGUUCCCAGAAGAUGAAAAAAUCGAAAUGACGCCUAUAUUACGAAAAUCCAAAGAGACUGCUAAAAUGAUGCGUGAGAAGGGUAUACGUGUUUCCUAUCGUCCACCGCGAAGCUUAUCAUCACGUGGCAGCCGUGGUGGAGGUGGUGGCAGCAGAGCUUACUCGGGCUUUCAUCAAGGGGAUCGUCGUGCUGGUGGUGGUGGUGGUGGCGGUGGUCCAAUGCGACACCGCCGAACAUUUAGCUCAGGGCCCCAUCGUCCUUACAAACUACCACCUAUUGGAAUGCCACCUGGAGGUGGUUUUAAACGCUCUUCUUCGCCAUAUCGUAGCGGCGGAGGCCUUCACCCAGGCGGUGGUGGGGGCUCACGCGCAGGUGGCGGCGAUGCAGGCUUGCCAUCAUGGGAUCGUUACAUGAAUUCUGCCGAAGCAUAUAUGGUGGAUUACAUGCGUUCCAUGCAUGGACAGCUUCCACCGUUGCCAUUCGUUCCACCUUUUGCGCAACUUCCACUCUCUGCUUCCGGUUCAGGCGCUUUACCACCGCCCGGACCACCGUCGAUGUAUGAUCAGCUACCGCCACCAGUGCGUUACUACGAUGGACCACCACUGCCCGAUUACCCGCCGCCUCAACCGAUCAGGCCUCCACCGCCUGGUUUUGACAAAGCACCAUCUUAUGAGGAUUUCGCAGCUUGGAAGAAUGCAGGCCUACCAACGUUACCAGAGGGCAUGCCGCCAGGCUUUCCAAGCUUUGGAAGUAGCGCUGGAGCAUCAUCACCCAACGGUGGAAGCACUGGUAUUGGGGGCUCAAGCUCUACAGCAGGUGGUGGCAGUUUUUCAAGUUCCGCCAACAAUAUGGGCGCAGGCACAAAUAACAACGGUGCCAAUAGUUUUCGCAGCAGCAGUCAACGAACUAACAAUUCAAAUAUGAUGCGUCCACGUGAAAGAGCCGGCGUCCGGGAAUAUCGUGGACCCAGCGGCGGCAUAAGUGGCGGCUCAGGUUCCCGUAGCGCUGGUAAUGAUAGACAUUUCCGCGCAGGUGGUGGCAGUAGCGCCGGUGCUCGUAAUUAUCGCGAUGGCAGACGCUAAGACAGCGAUGUGAAAAUAAAUUAAAUAUUAAAAUACACAAAUAAAGGUGUAUAGUGCAGCAUAUGCAGUCCAGACGACUGCGUUGCAAGCCUCCUCCCACUGUGUAUGAGAAGCAAAUCAAACAAAGCUCGUAAGAUUGAAGGUUUAAAGCCGAGUGAAAAAGAAAAAAAGAGUGCGUAAAAAUAACUGAAUAUUAUAUGAUAAACAAAUAUCCUAAAAAGUAACCGCUUAAAAAGCACGCUGUAACCUCUUCGUGUUCGAACUUUGCAAUUGAGAAAAAAAAAUGUGGUGUGAGAAA